ACAAAACGCAUGCGCAUGGAGCAAACGAAUUGCAACACAGUGCAGACGGUUGUGAUUGAGGCAAGAAUCACCUGUAUUUUGGCAUUCAUGGUGACACACCCAUGGGGUCAGAGCGGCUGGAGAUGCGCAAGAGACAGAUGCAAAUGCACCAGGAAGCCGCGGCCAGUGUCCUCCAAUCACAGCACAGGAUGGGGAACAUGCCCUCCAACGCCUCCAAUGCCUGUUGUUUCUGCUGGUGUUGCUGCUGCAGCUGCUCCUGUCUGACUGUUAUGACAGAGGAUGAGAGGAUUCAAAGAAGCACCUAUGAGAGGAGGGCAGAUGGAAUCGCAAACUGUGAUGACAGCCCCAAGCCUACUCUGGAGGAUGCGACAAUAUGGACCAUGUCGUUUGAGAGGCUGAUGAAGAGCCCCGCAGGGCGGGGCUGCUUCCGACAGUUCCUAAGGACAGAGUUUAGUGAAGAGAACAUGAUGUUCUGGUUGGCCUGCGAAGAGCUCAAAAAGGAGACCAACAAAACUGUGGUGGAGGAGAAAGUACGACAGAUCUAUGAGGACUUCAUUUCUAUCCUCUCCCCUAAAGAGGUGAGUUUGGACUCACAUGUUCGAGACGUGAUCAACAAGAACAUGCUGGAGCCCACGUCCCACACGUUUGAGGACGCCCAGCAGCAGAUCUACACGCUGAUGCAGAGAGACUCAUACCCACGCUACAUGAACUCGACAGCAUAUGCCGAAUUACUGCAGGGCCUGGAAGAACCACCACCUGCCACAGAGCCAUAGAUUUCCAUUCUCCGUCAAUCACUCUACACAUUGCUCUUAGAUGACACUUGUUUAUCUUAGGUCCAGCUUUCAGUUACAGUUCACAUGUUGAUUGAUCAAUAGGCUCUAUUUACAAAAAUGUUGAUAUUAAGGUGUAACUACUGUGUGCUACCUUAAAUAUUGGCUUUCCAAAAUCCUCAAAGCGAGCAAGAACAUACGCUGUAUUCCAAUUCAGAUUUCAAGAUGUUUCCAAAUAUAUUUAUAUUUUUAUAUUGCCUAGCACUUCACAUUGCACUUUUCUAUAGUUGUAUGAGGGGAAAGCAUGUUGUAUCUGUUAGCACUGCAUUUGUGUGUAGUUCUAUUGUCAGACUUAAAUAAUUUUCAGUUAUUUUUAAUGAAAUCUAAUUUCACUUAAUAUUAAGAAGACAUGGGAAAGUGCCUUGGCAUUAGAUCGUUUACCACUACACCUUCAACAUACAGUAUCAGUCAAUAGUUUGGGAACACCUACUCAUUCCACGGUUUUUCUUUAUUUUUACUAUUUUCUAUAUUGUAGAAUAGUGAAGACAU